AGACUUCUUUGUGGUGGAGCAACUCAUCAUAGAGGAUCCCUACCAUGAGCAACAAGGAGGCUUCACUGAAAGGUUUGUUGCUGGCGGUCCUUCUGGUGUCCAACAUGCUCCUAACAAAGGAAGGAGUGACCUCCCUGCCCAUCUGUCCCAGUGGAUCCGUCAGUUGCCAAGUUUCCCUUGGGGAACUUUUUGACCGAGCAGUUAAACUUUCACACUACAUCCACUUCCUCUCUUCAGAAAUAUUCAAUGAGUUUGAUGAACGCUAUGCUCAGGGCCGGGGUUUUAUUACAAAAGCUGUUAAUGGCUGCCACACUUCUUCUUUAACCACUCCUGAAGAUAAGGAGCAAGCUCAGCAGAUCCAUCAUGAAGAGCUGCUGAAUGUAAUACUGGGAGUGCUGCGCUCCUGGAAUGAUCCCCUGAUCCACCUGGCUUCUGAAGUACAAAGAAUCAAAGAAGCUCCAGACACUAUCCUCUGGAAAGCUGUAGAGAUUGAAGAACAAAACAAGCGGCUUCUAGAAGGGAUGGAAAAAAUAGUUGGACGGGUUCAUACUGGUGAGAUUGGAAAUGAAGUUUAUUCUCAGUGGGAAGGCCUCCCAUCCCUGCAACUUGCUGAUGAGGACUCCAGACUCUUUGCCUUUUACAACCUGCUGCAUUGCCUCCGCCGAGAUUCCCACAAAAUCGACAACUAUCUCAAGCUCCUGAAGUGCCGCCUAAUCCACGACAGCAAUUGUUAAGGACCCCUGGGCCCAAUCACUGAAAUCAUUCAUCCUGACCUUUGUGGUGCUUUGCUGCUUUUAACUGGAAAUGUUAUGGAAAGCCACACUGUACAGCAUCAGGCUCAUCAGUAACUUUCAGGCGUGUUUGCAUGCAGCUAUUAACGGCAUUUAUC